AUGCUAUUUCAACUUUCGACACAACGCAUAAAAUUAUCAUCGGUUCUAAAUAAAUGCGUGGUCAAUCCACAAAGAUUUUUAUCAGCCACACAAUCCUUAGCAUCCAAAAUAGGCCGCAAACUUAUUAGAUACCCUCCCGAAGUCACAAUUACACACGACCGAACACCAAUUACUCAACCACGCGUCAAAGCUGAUUUAAAUUCUACCACUCUAUCAAUAUCAGGACCAUUGGGCACACACUCCAUACCAAUUAAACCUUAUGUUCGUCUUGCAUUUCAUGAAUCAAGUGUACCUUAUGUAAAGCCUGAAGAUAGAAAAUCCGCAAUAAAUGAAGAGAAUUUUAUUGAUGAAAGCGAUUUUGACAAAAAACUUCGUGUUACGGUUCAACAUCCUGAAAAUAAAGAACAAAAAACCAUGUGGGGUACAACUCGAGCCUUAAUCGCGAAUUACAUUAGAGGUGUAUCAGAGGGUUAUAGGGUUUCACUGAAAUUUGUUGGUGUUGGUUAUAGAGCUAGUCUGGAAUCCGAUGGUAAACUUUAUCUUGAAAUUGGUCAUGUUAAUCCUGCAGUCAUGGAAAUUCCACCAGGUAUCAAGUGUACUGUACCAACACCAACUAAGAUCAUUUUAAGUGGUACUGAUAAGCAGUUAGUAUAUAGGUUUGCAGCACAAAUAAGAGAACAUAGAAAACCGGAACCUUAUAAUCAAAAAG